GCAUCAGCCGGAGCCCAGCCGGGGUGGGGAGCUCCUGGGGAGGCUGCUCUGACCCCCCCCCGCUGCCACUGGAGCUCUUCUCCCGCACAAGGACCCGCAGAUCCUUCCUGGGGGGAGCAGAGGGGCUGCCUGGGACCCCCGGAGGGUGACUGACCCAUUCUGGAGAUACUCCUUAGAGCAGAGAAGUUCAAGGUUUGUGCUAUAAACAGCUAAUCACUGCCACAAUGACAUCUUCAAGCUCUGCCCAGCAUCCAGCAGCUGAGAAUGCCUGCAGGAUCACACUUGGACAAGUCAACCAGGUGAGACCCAAACUGCCGCUUCUGAAGAUUCUGCAGGCUGCAGGCGCCCAAGGGGAGACCUUCACCCUGAAGGAGGUCAUGCAUUACCUAGGACAGUAUAUCAUGGUGAGGCAGCUAUAUGACAAAAGACAGCAACACAUGGUCUACUGUGGAGGAGAUCAGCUGGGAGAACUUCUGGGACUGGAGAGCUUCUCUGUAAAAGAUCCAAGCCCAGUCUAUGACAUGUUGAAACGGAACCUGACUUCUGCUGCCAUGGCAGAUGCUGCACAGAAUCUCCCAAAGGAACAGAGCGUCGAUAAGCCAAGCCAAGACCAGCUGAAGUUUAACGGGCAAGAAGGUUCUGACCCUGGCGUCAUGGAGGGCGAAAGCACUGCUUCUGCUUUGUCUACCUCAGAGCCAAAAUGUGAGAAUUCCGAAGACAAAGACUUAAUAGAAAACCUCUCUAAAAGCAAGAAGCCUAAACUGGACCUAGUGUUUGAGGAAUGGGAUGUAGCUGGUCUUCCAUGGUGGUUUUUAGGCAACCUCAGAAGCAAUUACGAGUCCAGAAGUAAUGGAUCAACAGAUAUUCAGACUAACCAGGACAUAGACACUGCCGUUGUCUCAGAUACUACUGAUGACUUGUGGUUCCUCAACGAGUGCCCGUCGGAGCAGAGCAGCGCCACAGCCAAGGGGGAAACGGGUGACUGCGAGGAGGUGAAAGAAGGUGACAAAAAGGUGACUGAGGAUGUGUGUUUGCAUGACUUGGAGGAUUCUCAGUGCUUAAGUGAUGACACAGAUACAGAAGCUACUUCUGAGGACUGCUGGCAAUGUACCAAGUGCAAGAAAUUUAACUCUCCGGGCAAACGGUACUGUUACCGCUGCUGGGCCUUACGGAAGGACUGGUACUCAGAUUGUCCCAAACUGGCUCAUUCUCUUUCUCUGUCCAACAUUGAUGCUAUGCAAAACAAACCCGAUGAUGAAGGGAUAGACGUCCCCGACUGCCGAAGGACUAUUUCUGCUCCCGUUGGCCAACCCAAAGACCUCUACGUGGUAGAAAACAAACCACACGUAGAUCCCAGCAGCUCCAUUGAGUCUUUGGAUUUGGCACGAGAAUGUGAAAGCAAAGAGUCUCUGCUGCAUUUCACUGAGCGUAAAAAGGAGGAAGAAAUACAGUCUUUAGAGAGUAUAAAAAAAUUACUGAGUCCUUGCUUCUUAUGUCAUCAUAGACCACGGGAUGGGAAUAUCGUCCAUGGAAGGACUGCUCACCUUGUGGCCUGUUUCAAGUGUGCAAAGAUGCUGAAGAAAAGGAGAUCACCUUGCCCAGUGUGCAGGAAAGAGAUUGAGAUGGUGAUCAGGAUCUUUAUGGGGUAGUUGUGCCUGUUCAGUCCUUCUCCAAAAGGGAGCACACAGGUUUUCUUGCACUCCCACAAAUCCCAACUUCAGAACUCGGCUGGUGAAUACCAAAGAGAAUUGAGAUUCAAAUCUGACCAAGAACACUGAGGAAGCCUUGGUAUUAAAUGAAGCAGCAUCCACUUUUCAACGUCCAUUUAAAUGAAAGCUCACGGGGAGUGACUGGUGCAUUGGUAUCAACGCCCCAGCUUUGAAAUCUUCUCAUUUCAGCUCAGUGGUGUCACUGGGAUUCUCUGUUGUGACAACUGGUCCUUGCAGAAAGCAAGUUUCGGAAAGAGUUCUAACUUUGGCUGUUGGAGUGAUGUUCUCCAGUCAGUCAGACCUGUGCAAUGCCUUCUAUGGGGGGGUCUGCAUCUGAGAGAGAAAUAUAUAGAUUUUUAUAUAUAUAUAUAU